GCUUCUUCCUGGCUGGGCCUGCGCAGAGCCUCUCUCGCCGCCAUUGUUUUCUGAGGCGGUUCCUCUGGAGCCGCGAAGGAGGAGAGACAGAGAGAGAGAGAGGGAAAUGAAGACCCUAUGAAGUCACCACGGGCAUAAAAAGAAAAUAUCAAUAUCUAGUGGAGAUUGAGGAAUUUGGAAACCAAAGGGCAAUAAUGAAAGAAAUCCUGUGGGAAGAAGAAAUCCUCUCUAGGUGCCAAUCUUGUGGAACUCAAUUUUGAUCAGAAAGAAAAAGGGAACACUCACGUGUGCAUAUCACAAAACUGUCGACAUGGAGGAGAAACCCUAUACAUGCCUUGAGUGUGGAAAGAGCUUCAGUUGGAGGAGCAAUCUGCUACUGCAUGAAAGGACUCACACUGGGGAGAAACCUUUUAAAUGCCCGGAGUGUGAAAAGAGCUUCACUCAUAGUUCAGGCCUAUAUUCACAUCUAAGGACUCACACUGGGGAGAAACCUUUUAAAUGCCCGGAGUGUGGACAGAGCUUCACUGGGAGUUCAGGUCUACGUUCACAUCAAAGGACUCACACUGGGGAGAAACCUUUUAAAUGCCCGGAGUGUGGACAGAGCUUCACUGAGAGUUCAGUUCUACGUUCACAUCAAAGGACUCACACUGGGGAGAAACCUUUUAAAUGCCCGGAGUGUGGACAGAGCUUUGCUCAUAAUGGAAGUCUACAUUCACAUCAAAGAACUCACACUGGGGAGAAACCCUAUAACUGCCUGGAGUGUGGACAGAGCUUUACUCAAAAGGGACACUUAGAUUCACAUCAAAGGACUCACACUGGGGAGAAACCCUAUAACUGCCUGGAGUGUGGACAGAGAUUUGCUUUUAGUUCAAAUCUACGUUCACAUCAAAGAACUCACACUGGGGAGAAACCCUAUAACUGCCUGGAGUGUGGACAGAGCUUUGCUCGUAGUUCAGGACUACGUUCACAUCAAGGAACUCACACUGGGGAGAAACCCUAUAAAUGCCUGGAGUGUGGACAGAGCUAUACUCGUAGUUCAGGACUACGUUUACAUCAAAGAACUCACACUGGGGAGAAACCCUAUAAAUGCCUGGAGUGUGGACAAAGCUAUACUUGUAGUUCAGGAUUACGUUCACAUCAAAGGACUCACACUGGGGAGAAACCCUAUAACUGCCUGGAGUGUGGACAAAGCUUUGCUCAGAAGGGACACUUACAUAGACAUCAAAGAACUCACACCUGGGAGAAACCCUAUAACUGCCUGGAGUGUGGACAGAGCUUUGCUCGUAGUUCAAAUCUACGUUCACAUCAAAGAACUCACACUGGGGAGAAACCCUAUAAAUGCCUGGAGUGUGGACAAAGCUAUACUUGUAGUUCAGGAUUACGUUCACAUCAAUGGACUCACACUGGGGAGAAACCAUAUAAAUGCCUGGAGUGUGGACAGAGCUUUGUUUGUAGUUCAGGACUACGUUCACAUCAAAGAACUCACACUGGGGAGGAACCCUAUAACUGCCUGGAGUGUGGACAGAGCUUUGCUCGGAAGGGAAGCUUACAUAGACAUCAAAGGACUCACACUGGGGAGAAACCAUAUAAAUGCCUGGAGUGUGGACAGAGCUUUGUUUGUAGUUCAGGACUACGUUCACAUCAAAGAACUCACACUGGGGAGAAACCAUAUAAAUGCCUGGAGUGUGGACAGAGCUUUGCUUUUAGUUCAAAUCUACGUUCACAUCAAAGGACUCACACUGGGGAGAAACCCUAUAACUGCCUGGAGUGUGGACAGAGCUUCACUCAUAGUUCAGGACUACGUUCCCAUCAAAGGACUCACACUGGGGAGAAACCCUAUAAAUGCCUGGAGUGUGGACAGAGCUUCACUCAGAAGGGACACUUACGUUCCCAUCAAAGGACUCACACUGGGGAGAAACCCUAUAACUGCCUGGAGUGUGGACAGAGCUUCACUCAUAGUUCAGGACUACGUUCCCAUCAAAGGACUCACACUGGGGAGAAACCCUAUAAAUGCCUGGAGUGUGGACAGAGCUUCACUCAGAAGGGACACUUACGUUCCCAUCAAAGGACUCACACUGGGGAGAAACCCUAUAACUGCCUGGAGUGUGGACAGAGCUUUGCUCGUAGUUCAGGACUACGUAGACAUCAAAGGACCCACACUGGGGAAAAACCAUAGAAAUGCAUGGAGUGUGGACAGAGCUUCAGUGGUUGUUCAACUCUACAUUCACAUCAAAGGACUCACACUGGGCAGAAACCAUAGAAAUGCAUGGAGUGUGGACAGAGCUUCAGUGGUUGUUCAACUCUACAUUCACAUCAAAGG